ACAGACACAAAACCGGGGCAGCCAGAAUCAGAGCCUAUGGAGAACAGAAGUGCCAUGAAUACUGAUGAUGAUGCUAAGUGGUUGGAGUGGGUGUCACGCCAGUUUGAGGCCAUUGCUGGAGAAGACCGGGAGAUUGACCUGCAAGAGUUCAAGACAGCAUUGAAAGUGAAAGAGUCCUUCUUUGCAGAGAGGUUUUUUGCCCUGUUUGACUCUGACGGAAGCGGCACCAUCACCCUACAAGAGCUUCUGAGGGCUCUGACUCUACUCAUCCAUGGGAAUACGAUGGACAAACUCAAAUUCCUCUUCCAGGUGUAUGAUGUGGAUGGCAGUGGGUCCAUUGAUCCAGACGAGCUUCGCACAGUGCUGCAGUCUUGCCUGAAGGAGAGUGCCAUCUCCCUGCCAGAAGAGAAGCUGGAUGACCUCACCCUGGCCCUUUUUGAAUCAGCUGACAAAGACCAUAAUGGCUCUAUCACCUUUGAGGAGCUCCAUGAGGAAUUAGACAAUUUUCCUGAGGUCAUGGAAAAUUUAACCAUCAGUGCAGCCAGUUGGCUGAAGCCUCCAUCCUCCAAGAAAAGGCCACAGAUGCCCCGCUACCUGACUUCAGCAUACUGGCAUAACAACAGUGGGAAGCUGGCCAUUCUGGCAGCCUAUAUGGGGCUCAACAUCCUGCUCUUCACCCUGGCAGCCCUGAAGUAUCGGUCCUCAGGAGCCAGUAUCAUGGUGGCCAGAGGCGGUGGCCAAUGCUUGAAUUUCAACUGCAGUUUCAUUGUGGUGCUGAUGCUGCGGCGUUGUCUCACGUGGCUAAGGGCUACAUGGUUGGCCCGAGUUUUCCCAUUGGACCAGAAUGUCGAGUUCCACCAGCUUGUCGGCUAUGUGGUAGUUGGAUUUACAGUCAUACACACCACUGCCCAUGUGAUCAACUUCGUGCGCCUGGCUCAAUUGAAGGACAGCCCCUUCCAGUUCUGGGAAUAUCUCCUCACCACCCGGCCUGGCAUUGGCUGGGUCUAUGGCGCAGCUUCCCUCACAGGCGUGGUUCUACAGCUUUUCAUCUUCAUCAUGCUUGUAUGUUCCUGCUCCUUUGUCCGGAGGAGUGGGCACUUUGAGGUAUUCUACUGGACUCACCUCCUCUACAUCCUUGUCUGGGUGCUGCUCAUCGUGCAUGGACCCAAUUUCUGGAAGUGGCUGCUAGUCCCUGGUCUCUUCUUCUUCUUGGAGAAAGUCGUGGGGUUGGUGUUGUCACGCAUGGCAACCCUAAGCAUCGUGGAAGUCAACCUCCUCUCCUCCAAGGUCACUCACCUCGUGAUCAGUCGGCCCUCUUUUUUCCACUACAAGCCUGGAGACUACGUGUACUUGAACAUCCCAGCUAUCGCCAAGUACGAAUGGCAUCCUUUCACCAUCAGCAGUGCCCCAGAGCAGGAAGACACCAUCUGGCUGCACAUCAGAUCUCAGGGACAGUGGACAAACAGGCUGUAUGAAUACUUCAAGGCUUCUGAUCCUAUUUGUUUCGGUGCCAAGAGGCUGACACAGAGCCUGAAGCUCAGAAGGAGUCAGAGGAAGCCCCAGGAAACCAAGGUCCAGGUCUUUAGUGUUCAUUCUGCUAGUAUAACUCAAGGAGUAGUGGCCACUGGCAUGGAGAACACUGUGCAGCUGAUGAACUUCAAGUCUGAAACAUUACCCCAGCAAAAGAAGGAAGACCUUAUUGACUGUGGAAAGGAGAGAGAAGAGAAGUCUCAGUCAAGAAGUGUCUUUCCUCAAUUAAAUGACAACCAACGAUUAUGUAACAUCAAGUGCUACCUGGAUGGUCCCUAUGGAACUCCAACUCGACGGAUCUUUGCUUCUGAACAUGCUGUAUUAAUUGGGGCUGGUAUCGGCAUCACCCCUUUUGCCUCUAUUCUACAGAGCAUCAUGUACAGGUACCAAAAGAGAAAGCGAAAAUGCCCCAAGUGCUUUUACUCCUGGUGUGAGAAUGUCAGGGAUGGUGAGAUGAAGCUGCAGAAGGUGGACUUCAUUUGGAUCAACCGAGACCAGAAGUCAUUUGAAUGGUUUGUGAGUUUGCUGACAAAGCUUGAGAUGGAUCAGGCUGAAGAGGAGCCGGGAGACCAUUUCCUGGAGUUGCACAUGUACAUGACUUCAGCCCUGGGCAAGAAUGACAUGAAGGCCAUUGGCCUACAGAUGGCACUUGAUCUCCUGGCUAAGAAAGAAAAUAAAGACUCCAUCACUGGGCUGAAGACAAGGACCCAGCCAGGGAGACCAGACUGGAGCAAACACAUAGUGGAGAGGCCACCCCAGUGUUCAGCCAAGGUGCUGAAGAGUCACUGUGAACAGCUCAACUUCAGAUUCUUCAAAGAGAAUUUCUAA